GGAUUUGUUCACCGACACGACUGAGUGACCCGAACUUGAUAAAUGCUGAACUAUAACACAAUUAAUCUGUACGAAUUCUUUGUUUUAGUCUUAAAACUGUGGAAUCUGUUUGGUGUCCUGCAUUCUUGUGAAACUGGAGUGUUCACCAGCGAAAACACAGCGUGACUGGGGAUUGCGGAAGUCACGUGAUGUUAAGACUCCGCCCAUGCGCCUUGGAUAACGUCAUCGUAAAAUGAAUCCCGGAAGUCACUCGCGGCCAUCGUUGGUUCUGAUCUUCCUGAUUUUGUGCUGGUUAGCAGAUGAGACACGGGCACAAGACUGGUUUGGCGCCUACCCAGCCUUUUACGGCGACUUUGGCGUAUAUGCCACCCAGGCGCCAGCGUGGGGAUAUCAGUAUGGCAUCCUUCAAAACAUUGGCGUCCUAGAUCCCCAAACUCAAGCUGGGACUAUGAAUGUCCAGCAGGGACCCAUGGACUACCAGCAGGCUGAGCUAAUGAACACUCCAGAAGCUACGAAUCACCAUCAAACCCACACCGAAAUGAGGAAUGCCCAGAGCCAGCCAGGGCCCUUUGAUCAUAAAAGCCACGCAGGAAUCCUGAAUGGUCCUGAUCAACCUGGAGGUGUACUUCAAACCCAGCCAGGGCUGAUGAGCGAUCCUGGCAUCGUGGACUCCCAGAAUCCAGGUAGCAUUUCUCAUCAACAAGGAAGUGCAGUCCCACAGUCGCAGAACGUUCUAGAUGUCACUGCCAGCCAACAAUUGGAUGUAAACAGUCAGGUAGGAUCAGGACAGCAGGCUGGAAAGCUAGAAGCACCAUCUGUAUAUUCACCCCAGUGGCAAGGUGAGUUGCAGUCAAAUCAGAGAUCAGGCGAUAAUACUUCGUCGAGGGCAGAAGUUGGUUCUCCUGCAUCCAGGGUACCUGACAUUCAAGCUGAUCCUGGUGUAGGCAUAUUCUCUGGAAACGCUGCAAGUUCUGUACCAGGCCAAGAAGUUCCAACUCCUCGGACUGUUCCAGGUCAGUGGACAGGAGAACUCCCAACGGCUGACCAGCAAACAUCCGUUACAGACAAUAAUGGUUGGCACCAGAGCGGGGGGAAAGCAUCUGUGGGUAACGUUCAAUCUGUGGCAUUCCCCCAGCAGAACUGGCAGGCCAGUUUACAAGACCAACAAGUAAACCAGCAACACAUGCAUACCAAUCCAAACAGUAAUCAACCGGUGUUUGUGCAGCAGUCGGAUCCAAGAACAUUUCAGACCAUGCUUGCAAACAACCAAAAUCAGCAGCCCCAACAAAAUUCAUCAGUGAACCAAUUCGACCAAACGCAGAUUUCACAACAGCGUGUGAUUCCCAAUCAGCAUCUUAUUCCAUGGGGAAUGAUCCGCCCAUCUGCCUACCCACAGCUUCAGGCAAUGGAUCCAACAGCCCGGGCAAACUGGAUCUACCAAAUGCAGAUGAAGGCUCGGCAGUACUACAGACAGCGGCAGAUGUACCCGACACAGACGUGGAAUGUCCAAGCUGGGUAUGCAACAAUACCACCAGCAGGUUCUGGGUACAGUACCGGACCACAAUGGUCCAGCACCACAAGCACCUCCACCAAGGGGCAUGCUCAACCAAACACCCAGCAACUUAUACCAGAAAGCCAGUUGCAACCUGCGGACGGUUCAUCGAUCUUUCAAUCAGGACAAAACAUGAUGCCCACACCACCCACACGUGCAAUUCCAGGGCAACAAACUACAACAGUUGUCAGCACUGCAGCCAUGACAGGUGUUACCUCAAGCUCCACCAACGCCACAUCCAGGGAAAAUCAGUCAUUGUCUACCAUUACGCCUGAUACGAACAUGACAAUGGCAGAACUUCAAAAGAUAGUCCGAGUUUUUCUCAUCCCGCACAGAGUCGACCAAAUGAUGCAAGUUACAACACAGACACCUACUCUAACAGUGUCUAUACCUGUAUCACGCUUAGGGACUGGUCAGGGGCAACGCCCAAUUUCAGAAAUGUUCAUCAGGAUGAUCAAUUUUGCUCCCCGACCUUUGUGGAUCUCUGCACCUAGGGAUAACAACAGACAACAUAAGCAGCCUUUGUCAGAAAUCCAUGUAAAGUUAGUUAACUAUGAUCAAAGAAUAGUGGAUUCGUUCAACGGUCAUAUUUCAUCCCCUAACGCUCGACCUUCACGAAAUGAGCAAUCGCCUCCGUUGUCAAAACGAGGACAUAGAAUACCAGGAAUAACAUUCAUCAAAAGUAGUGCUGACAUUCCAGACAGUUCAGUUCCGAUUCCUAGUGCAUCCAAUGCUUCCAACAAAUCGACGUCCCAGGGCAACGUGCAGAACCAUCAGCAGGCUGUUGUUCGACAUACCCAGAUGCUGCACCACGUCAUGAACAGUCUUCAGAAGGAGCUAAAUCGUUUCCAGGGCAGUGUAAGACAAAACAGAGACCCACCAGCCACAGACAAACCUGUGAAUGAAGUAAAACCUUCACGAGUUGCUGUUAAUGGUACCACGGUAUCGGUGCCCCAGGCACAAAGAAACCAACUUGGAUUCAAACCACCAAUGCCUCUGAAGAAAGAUAUGAAAACUGGUACUACAGGUGUCCCACUGAGGGACGACCCCUUACUGGGUAAGGCAAAUAGAAGUUCAAUACAUAUGCAUACAGGAUAUAAUCUGCAAAAAGAUAUUCCUGUGAAAGAAAUAUUAAGGGAGUCUACAUCCACAAUGACACCAGUGGUCACAUCAACACCAUCCACCACAACGCCAGCGGUGGCAGCAACGUCUCACAUGACAACAAUCGUUCCACCAGCACUUACCAAACCGGACACUGUCACUAGAACUCAAGCAAAUUCAUCAGACUUCAUACUCAAAGACAUCCCAGCUGCUAUUAUCACAGGCGAUCCUGGGGCUAAAAGAAAUAAACUGAGCGAAUUGUUAGAAAAGAGUAAAUCGUCUUAUAGUGUUCCUCUUCCAGAAUUACCAAACGUAGAGCUCACAGCUCUCUACUCUGUCCACAGUGAUGUCACGGAGGGUAACAUUCUGAAAACAGAUAAAACUGUACAGAAGACACUGUCUUCAAAAGUAGAACCAACAACCAGUGUUCCUUCUUCAACCCCAACAACCACCUUAAAUGACAACGCGUCUACAGCCGCACCUGCCACCAACACAGCAGAGAUGAGAAAACAGCAAAUCAACGAUCAAAUUAACGAACAGCUGAGUGUCCUCAACCGCCUUCAUCAACGGCAGAAAAUUAUUGAGCACCAACAUCAGCUGAGGGAACAGCAUACACGACUACAGAAGCAGAGGGACAUUCUACGGCAGCAACUACAGACUCUGCAACAGCUUCGAGACAGAAAUAUGGGCAUCAAUAAAAGCUCCCUUCCACUUCCUGGAGGACCGGAAGGAAUAGCAACCGCAUGGGAAGGAAUUCAGCUGAGCCUGUUAGAUGCAGGUUUCAGAUAAGCGUGGAUUGUCAGUUGAUCAAUAAAUGUAACGGUGGAUACUGCUUUGGUUUCUUAUGUGCUCGAUUAUGCAGACACAAAAUAUGUUUUUUAACAAAAAUAAUUAAAACAUUGAUCACU